AAAUUGCUCAAAAGUGGUAGUGAGUAGAGAAUAUAUAUCAAUAUAUAUAUAUAUAUACCCAACACAAUAUCGUAUCAACGUAUGUGUAUGUGCGUAUUGAGUGUCAAACAAAGUAAGCGAAAAAUUUGCGGAGAGUGUAAGAGUGUCUGUCGGUCGAUGCAAGCAAAUCUGUGGAGAUUGUAAGAGUAAUAAAUAUUCAUUUCUUUUUUGCGUUUGUAUGAAAUCUGCACUUAUGCGACGGCGACGGCUUAUCUAACUUAUUCAAAAUACGUGGCGAGCGAAUAGGCAAAGAAUAUAUAUAUAUAUAUAUAUAAAUAUAUAUGUAUAUAUAUGUAUAUAUAUGUUAACAAUCAUACUUAUGCAUACAAGGUAAUAAAGCAACCCGUAUAUAUAUUAGGUUAUUCCAUUUGCCCAACAACGUACAAAACUGACUAUAUUGAGUACAAACGGUAGACGCAGAUGUGCAUGUGUGGGCAGCGUUAAAGCGAAUCCGUUUCAUUUUACUCUAAGUCGAAUAGGAGAAAGGGCGGCGAAGUCUGGCUAAAUAGUCUGACUGACUAAGUAAGAGCUAAGUAUUAAGGGGAGAAUUAAUUAAUUUCCCGUUAAAUCUUUUAUAAUCGCCAACGGUAAUUACAAUCGAAAGGUCGUAAGCGUUUUAAUAGCCACGAACAGCUGUGAUUUUCAUUCAAUUGGUGGCAUCUUAUGAUGUCAUCAGAAGAGGACACAGACUGUUACGGAUUGUUUACUGAUGACGAUAAGUCUCUACUUAAGCCAUUAUUAUCAAAGAAUCCGGCGAAUAGUUCAGCACUUCAGUCAUCUCAAUCUCUUAAAACGGAUUCGGAAAUACAGCAUACCAGACCUCAAAUAAAUAACAACGAUCAACAGCAAAUACAGAAACAGCAGCAGCAACAACAACAACAACAACAACGACAACAAGAGAAAGAAGGCGAAAAUUCAAGCGAUUAUAAAAAAGUAGAGAAAAAUUCAAGCAUUCACGACGUAAACGAGAACCACCACAAUAAUAAUAAUAAAAAUCAUCACGACGACGACGACGAAAACGCCGGAGACGACGACGACGAAGUUCAAUUUCUCAUCGGCCCAAGCAAUAACAAUAAUACAAUUUCUCAUAACAUAAGUUGUGGUAGUUUACAGACUUCGAGUAAUAUUAGUAAACAACAAGUCGUAACAGACGACGAACGUGCUACAGAAAGUAGUCAGUGUGGUGCUGUCAACAAGACAACAACGUCGUCGUCGUGUGCCUCCUCGAAAUAUAUUAAUAAUAAUAAUAAUAAUAGUAAUAACAAUAUUAAGACAAACAUCGCGUGUUCGUCCUUAAAAAUCUCGCCAUCAUCAACUCGUUUGUCUUCAAAUAGUCCGCGUAAUGUGCAAAAAACAGAGAAACUGUUAAAUCAAAAUCAUAGUGAUUAUUUAACAACAACAGCAACAACAAUAAUAACAACAACACCAACAACAGCAACAACAAUAACAUUCCCCGAGGAGGAAUUACAAAAAAGUGAUACAGUUAUAGAUUUAUUUAACUCUAUACCGCAAACGACAACAUUUAUUAAUCAAACGACUAAUAAUAGUCCAGCAUCGGUACCAUCGCCACCCUUGCUAACGCCGUCAACAGCUGCUGCCUUAAUGAGUAGUGCUGCUGCGGCUGCCGCGGGUGCCGCUGGAGGAACUCUCUAUGGAGCCUUAUUAAAUCAAAGUGCUGCUAACUCCGCGCAAUCGUCUUCACAAUCGAAAACAAAUAAUAUCGGUAACCAUCAACAAUCACCGACCGGAACCGGUUCGGCGUCGUCUUCACCCACUGCUUCGCUAUUAACCGGUCAGUUCACAGCCGCAUUAGGUAAUCUAUUUAGCGCCAACGGUUUUAGUUCGGCGAAAAUGUUAAACGAGCUCUUCGGGCGGCAAAUGAAACAAGCACAAGAUGCUACCAGUGGUCUUCCAACCACACUCGACAAUGCCAUGUUGGCCGCGGCCAUGGAAUCGGCAACAAACGCCGAUCUCCUUAGUGCAGCUGGUUUAGUUAAUAGCUUAGGCUUGAAUGCCACUAAUAAAUUGCUUAACAAUAAUACGAUAACUAAUCAUAAUGCUGAGCAUCAGCAAUCAACGCAAUCGUCUCCGAAAAAUCGUCGCACCAGCAAUUGCAGUGAACGUUCGGUGGACGAUAAUGGUUCUAGGACGGGUGAUCUGACGACGACGCCGCCAAGGACUCCAUCAGUCGGAGUUAAUUCGACGUCUGGAGUUACCCCGAGCUCGCCCAACCUGCAGCAACAACAAAAUGACUUGGCUCAUCAUAUGCUACGCAAUAUUUUGCAAGGCAAAAAGGAACUUUUGCAGUUGGAUCAAGAAUUACGCUCGGUUAUAAAUCAACAGCAGCAGCAGCAGCAGCAGCAACAGCUGAAAGAUUCUGCUCAAGAUUCUUUAAAACAUAAUAAUAAUAAUACCAACGCAGCCAAUAAUAAUAACAACAAUAAUAAUAAUAAUGUGACAAGUGACAACAAAAAUGAUAACAACCCGAAUGUGAUAAAUCUUAUUGAUGACACGAUGUCUGAUAUUAAGAUUAAAAGUGAACCAAAUAGCACCAACAUGGAUAUAUUAAAUGGUGAACGUCGCAAGUCACAAGAUUCGGAAGUAAAUGGCUCCCAACACGAAGAAGAACAACGCUCUGAAACUGAUCAAUUAGAUCAGCAGGAUAACGAAGCACAAGAUUCAGAGCGUUUGGAUUUACCUGCUGCUGUUACGAAAAAAGAAGCUGAAGAUAUUUUAGAAGAUGUUGAGCUUAUGGGUCUAAAUUCUCGUUCAGAUCUUGAGUCCUUAGCAUCACCGAGUCAUUCGGAUAUGAUGUUACUUGAUAAUAGUAAAGAUGGCUUAGAAGAUGAUUUAGAUAAAGAAAGUAUUAGUACCGUUAGUAAAAAGCCAGAUAUGAAAAGAGCUCGGGUUGAAAACAUUGUUUCAAGUAUGCGUUCAAGCCCUUCGUCAAAUUUACCCCAUAUGCAGGUAAACGGGUGCAAGAAACGUAAACUCUAUCAACCACAACAACACGCUAUGGAGAGAUAUGUGGCUGCCGCAGCUGGUCUUAAUUUUGGUCUUAAUUUACAAAGCAUUAUAUUGAACGAUGACGGUGAUUCCGAUGACAUUGAAUCGCCUCAAUUGCAGCAGAAGCGUGAUGAGAAAAAUGCUCUUAAAUCACAGUUACGUUCAAUGCAAGAACAAUUGGCCGAAAUGCAACAGAAAUAUGUGCAAUUAUGCUCUCGCAUGGAACAGGAGAGCGAGUGUCAAGAAAUCGACGAUACUGGCAGUGAUAGUAUGGAACAAGACGAUAACGGUGCUGAAUUAUCACCAUCACCAUCUUUAACGGGUGAAUCUGGUAUACAGGAGAAAACGUCACAGGAUUCUGAAAGAAUUAACUUAACUUCUCCUAACAUACCCACAUUGAAAAAUGGCAAACAUGUUAAUAACCAAAAUGCAGGGAUGAAUUUAGAAAAUGCUCCCAAUAUGCUUUCACAAAUGAUGAGCAAAAUGAUGUCGGCGAGUAAAUUGCAUAAUCCUUUGGUAGCCCAUCCGCAUAUGCAGCAAUCGUUUAAUGGCCCUCUACCUCUGCUACAGCACAUGCCACAGUUACAAACUGGAGACGGUGCUCUAACCCACCCCGCUAUUAGUAAUGCAGCUGCAAUGUACUUGGGCCAACAAUUUUUUUUCGAGCAGGAGGCUCGAAUGGCAAAAGAAGCUGCUGAGCAACAAGAACGUCAGCAGCAACAGCAACAACAAUUGCAGCAACAGCAACAACAAGCGCAACAAGAACAACAAGAGCAGCAACGACGUUUCGAACAAGAGCAGCAACAACGCCGCAAGGAAGAACAACAACAACAACAACAGCAGCAGCAGCAAGCUCAACAGGCCCAACAGCAAGCUCAACAGCAAAUGCAAAGGCAGCAACAGCAAUUGCAACAGCUGCAACAGCAACAACAGCAACAGCAGCAACAACAACAGCAAAUGGAGCAACAGGUAAAUAAUAUGCCCGUAUUGCAAGCUCCUUCAAGACCUCAGCUGCAUCAUAAUCGUAUGCAAAGGCAUAAUAACAACGCUUUAAAAACUGAGCUUUCAGAGAAAUUUAAUAUGUUGCGAUCAAGCUCAAGUUCUAUAAUGCGCAUGUCAGGCGCUGAUCUUGAAGGUCUAGCCGAUGUUCUCAAAUCCGAGAUAACGACAUCAUUGUCAGCUCUAGUCGACACGAUUGUAACACGUUUCGUGCAUCAACGUCGACUGUUCAGUAAACAAUCUGAAUCAGUAGCUGCUGCGGCCGAACAACUCAAUAAAGACUUACUUUUGGCCUCGCAGAUUCUGGAUCGCAAAUCGCCACGCACCAAAGUGGCCGAUCGAUCCAAUAACAAUAACAGCAGCAAUAAUAAUAAUACAAAUAACACAGCUUCCGCCCAAUCUGCCCAAGUUGGUGUUGCAGUCAAUCAAGCAGGUAAUAAUGGUUCUCUACUCCUAGUUAAUACUAAUAGUAACAAUGCAACGACUAACCUUAAUAAUCCAAAUCAAAAUAUGUCCAAUAGUACCCAGUUGGGUCACUUACAGGCGACUGUAAGUAACGGUCCCCAAAUGCACACGGGCGGGGUAACCGUCAAUGUGCCUCAACAUCCGCUAAAUAGCCAAACAAAUAAUCAGGUAAAUAGUACGCCAAAUAUGGCUGCGACGUUAAAUGUCCAAAAUUGUCAAAACCUUAUAGCUGCACCACGCCUCAACGGCAGCCAACUAUCAUUUCCCUCGCCAGCGGCAGCAGCAGCUGCAGCGAUGGGCCUGCAAAUGCAUCAUGCUGCUGCGGCUGCGGCUAUGUCUGCAGCCGCCGCAGCAUCUAGCCAACAAAAUCUUAACCAACAUCAUCAGAACAAUGUUGUUGAUGUUGGCGGUAAUGCACCCUCAAAUAUAAACGCAAUGACAAAUGCGAAUAGCACAAACCUAAAUAGCACAAAUGCCAAUACUAACAACAACAAUAGCUUAAGUACAAUUAAUAUACCACCACCUCAUAUACGCCCUUCGCCCACAGCGGCAGCAAUGUUUCAGGCACCUAAAACACCGCAGGGGAUGAAUCCAGUGGCAGCUGCUGCUUUAUACAAUUCAAUGGCAGUUGGAGGUCCCAAUCAGUUGAAUCCAUUUUGUAUGCCUGAACCUCGAGAUCAAAAACCGUUGCAACAACAACAGCAACAGCAACUAGAACAAAAUGAAGCUUUGAGUCUGGUGGUAACACCUAAAAAAAAGCGUCACAAGGUAACGGAUACUCGGAUUACACCACGCACGGUGAGCCGUAUAUUGGCUCAAGAUGGCAUGGUGCCACCGAAUACGGCAGGAGCAGUUGGUCCCACCGGACUGGCUCCUAAUGGUCAACAAAUGCAAACCAACCAAAAUCAAGUGCUUUGCAAUAAUAAUAACAACAACAAUAAUAAUAUGAGUAACGGCAAUAAUGCCAUGAACCCCGCCGCCCUUAGCAAUAACAUGAAUACCAUUAAUAGCAUGAAUAACAUGAAUAGCAUGAGCAACAAUAAUUGCAUUCCGCAAGUUAGCAAUGGCAACAGUCAGAAUGUGAAUACAACACCCGCCCAGAGUCCGUCGCCGAGAAGUCAAGCGCCUGCCUUCCAUCCGGCCCCGCAACCACCACCACCACCCAUGUUGCCCGUAUCGUUACCAACCUCGGUCGCCAUACCAAAUCCGUCGCUGCAUGAAUCGCAAGUCUUCUCACCCUAUAGUCCAUUUUUUAAUCCACAUCCAACGCAUGCACCGCCGCCACCGCCUCCACCGCAUGCUGGCAGCCAUACCGGUCAACAUGUCCCGCCUUCAGCCGCUCAAAUGCAUCACAUGAAACUAUCCGCCAGCCCGCCAGGUAGUCUAGGCAGCCUGAUGGACACACGUGACGGUUCACCACCACUGCCUCCCCAUCCGCCAGCUAUGCUACAUCCUGCUUUAUUAGCGGCUGCCCAUCACAGCAGUUCGCCCGAUUACAGUGCUCACCUUCGAGCGGCCAUUGAUGCUCAGGAUCGCAAUUCGGAUUGCAAUUCGGCCGAUAUGCAAUUCGAUGGCAUGCAACCGACCAUAUCGUUUUUGAAACAACAAAUGAUAAAAAAUAGCGAUUCGUUAACCACGUCACAUUCCUCAACAUUAACACCGAUGCAUCUGAGAAAGGCGAAACUGAUGUUCUUUUGGGUACGUUAUCCCAGCUCAUCUGUGUUAAAAAUGUAUUUCCCCGAUAUCAAAUUCAAUAAGAACAAUACAGCACAAUUGGUGAAAUGGUUCUCAAAUUUUCGAGAAUUCUACUAUAUACAAAUGGAAAAAUAUGCCCGUCAAGCUGUUACCGAAGGUGUGAAAUGUUCGGAAGAUUUGCACAUUGGCGGCGAAAGUGAACUUUACCGUGUGUUAAAUCUGCACUAUAAUCGCAAUAAUCAUAUCGAGGUGCCGCAAAAUUUCCGUUUUGUGGUGGAGCAAACAUUGCGUGAAUUUUUCCGCGCUAUACAAGGUGGUAAAGAUACGGAACAAUCAUGGAAAAAGUCAAUAUACAAAAUUAUUUCACGUCUCGACGAUCCCGUACCAGAAUAUUUUAAGUCACCUAAUUUUCUGGAACAAUUAGAGUAAUUUUUUGUGUUACCGUUAACGGAAAAGAAACGAAAACGAAAUUUUGGAAAAAAAUGGACAAAAUUCAAUCAACUUCACCUCGGCAGAAGAAUAGUUGAAAAAAAAAAGGAAAGACCUAUAACUGAAAUGGUUCGUUAAGCUGUUAAGAUAUACUUAAAUCAUUUUUUUUUUUUUUUUUUGUUCUUAAUGCCAAACCGUGCAAAAGAAAAAGAAGAAAUUCAAGAGCAUUAAAAUAUAAAAAAUUUUUAAAUUUUCUUUGACAAUAAUUUUUUUUUUUUUUUUUUCUAAUGAGCUAACACUUACGAAAAAAGAUAAACCUUAAAUAAACACGAACCAUUCAUGAACAGAUCAGGAACAAAAUGAAACAAUUAUUAAAGACACCUCAGUGAAAUCUUUUAAUGGAUUUUCUAGUGUAAACUGUAUGACCUUCGUAAGCAAACAAAUAACAUUUAAAAACAAUUUAAAAAACAAAAUAAUAAUAACUUUUUUUUUUUAUACACACAAU